CCUGGUGGCCCCCCUCGGCUCCCAGCCCGGAGGGUGGAGGCAGGGGGAGCCAGGGGCGGGGAAAGGGCCGCCGGAGUCUGGGAGGGAGAGGAGGAGGUCGGGGAGCAGGGAAGGAGACCACCGAGUGGAGCCGGCAAGGAGUCCUUCCCCUGCCGGGCAGACAGUGCCAAAGCCAGGGAGCCUGGAGCUGGGGGGAGGGCCGGGGACAGCCCGGCCCUGCCCCCUCCCCCGCCGUGUGCCCAGCAACUUCUGAGGAAAGUUUGGCAGAGAUCGCGCGUGGUGCCCCGAGGAUGGGCAGGGUCCCAUCGGCCUGGUGGUUGGCGCUGUGCUGCUGGGGGUGCGUGACCCCCAAGGGUUCCCAGGAUCAGACAGACCCCUUUGUGGGGAGCCCAAUGAACAUCACUGGUGCCCGGGAACUCAUGGGGACCCUUCAGUGUGAGCUUCUGGUUCAUGGGGAGCCCCCUGAGGUGACCUGGCUUAGGGAUGGACAGGUCCUGGAGCUGGCAGACAACACCCAGAUCCAGGUGCCUCUGGGCGAAGACGAACAGGAUGACUGGAAAGUGGUCAGCCAACUCAGGAUCUCAUCCCUGCAGCUCUCGGACGUGGGAUGGUACCAGUGUGCAGUGGUCCUGGGCGGAAAGACCUUCGUGUCCCAGCCUGGCUAUAUCGGGCUGGAGGGUUUGCCCUACUUCCUGGAGGAGCCUGAAGACAGGACUGUUGCCGCCAAUACCCCCUUCAACCUGAGCUGCCGAGCACAGGGUCCCCCAGAGCCCGUGGACCUGCUCUGGCUCCAGGAUGCUGUCCCCCUGGCUCCAGCCAUGGGCCACACACCCCAGCACAUACUUCAUGUUCCAGGCCUGAACAAGACAUCUUCUUUCUCCUGUGAGGCCUAUAAUGCCAAGGGGGUCACCACAUCCCAAACAGCCAUCAUCACAGUGCUCCCACAGCGGCCCCAUGACCUCCACUUGGUUUCCCGCUGGCCCACAGAGCUGGAAGUGGCUUGGACCCCAGGCCUGAGCGGCAUCUACCCUCUCACUCACUGCACCCUGCAGGCUAUGCUGUCAGAUGAUGGCGUGGGCGCCAGGCUGGGAGAGCCGGACCCCCCGGAGGAGCCCCUCACCUUUCAGGCAUCCGUUCCCCCUCACCAACUACGGCUGGGUGGUCUCCGUCCUCACAGUGCUUAUCACAUCCGGGUGGCAUGUGCCAGUGGCCAGGGUCCUUCACUCUGGACCCACUGGCUUCCUGUGGAGACACCCGAGGGAGUUCCCCUGGGCCCCCCCGAGAACCUGAGUGCCAUGCGGAAUGGGAGCCAAGCCAUCGUGCGUUGGCAGAAGCCAGUGGCACCCCUGCAGGGCACCCUGCUAGGGUACCGCCUGGCCUAUCGAGGCCAGGACACCCCCGAGGUACUGAUGGACAUAGGGCUAAAGCAGGAGGUGACCCUGGAGCUGCGGGGGGACAGGACUGUGCCCAACCUGACAGUGAGUGUGGCGGCCUACACCACCUCUGGGGAUGGACCCUGGAGCCUCCCUGUGUCCCUGGAGCCUUGGCGCCCAGGGCAAGGACAGCCAGUGCACCAGCUGGUGAGUGAACCUCCAGCCCCCUCCUUCUCGUGGCCCUGGUGGUAUGUACUGCUGGGAGUAGUUGUGGCUGCUGCCUGUGUCUUCAUCUUGGCCCUGUUCCUCGUCCACCGGCGGAAGAAGGAGACCCGCUAUGGAGAGGUGUUUGAACCAACAGUGGAGAGGGGUGAACUGGUGGUCAGGUACCGUGUUCGCAAGUCCUACAGUCGCCGGACCACUGAAGCCACCUUGAACAGCCUGGGGAUCAGUGAGGAGCUGAAGGAGAAGCUGCGGGAUGUGAUGGUGGACCGGCAUAAGGUGGCCCUGGGGAAGACCCUGGGAGAGGGAGAGUUUGGAGCUGUGAUGGAGGGCCAUCUCAACCAGGAUGACUCCAUCCUCAAGGUGGCUGUGAAGACGAUGAAGAUUGCCAUCUGCACAAGGUCAGAGCUGGAGGAUUUCCUGAGUGAAGCUGUCUGCAUGAAGGAAUUUGACCACCCAAAUGUCAUGAGGCUUAUAGGUGUCUGUUUCCAGGGUUCUGAACUAGAAGGCUUUCCAGCACCUGUUGUCAUCUUACCUUUCAUGAAACAUGGAGACCUACACAGCUUCCUUCUCUAUUCUCGACUUGGGGACCAGCCAGUGUUCCUGCCCACUCAGAUGCUGGUGAAGUUCAUGGCAGACAUUGCCAGUGGCAUGGAGUAUUUGAGUACCAAGAGAUUCAUACAUCGGGACCUGGCUGCCAGGAACUGCAUGCUGAACGAGAACAUGUCUGUGUGCGUGGCGGACUUUGGGCUCUCCAAGAAGAUCUACAAUGGGGACUACUACCGCCAGGGACGCAUUGCUAAGAUGCCAGUCAAAUGGAUCGCCAUCGAGAGCCUGGCUGACCGUGUCUACACCAGCAAGAGUGAUGUGUGGUCCUUUGGGGUGACAAUGUGGGAAAUUGCCACCCGGGGCCAAACCCCAUAUCCAGGAGUGGAGAACAGUGAGAUUUACGACUACCUGCGCCAGGGAAACCGCCUGAAGCAGCCUGUGGACUGUCUGGAUGGACUGUAUGCUCUGAUGUCCCGGUGCUGGGAGCUAAAUCCCCAGGACCGACCGAGUUUUGCAGAGCUGCGGGAAGAUCUGGAGAACACGCUGAAGGCCCUGCCUGCUGCCCAGGAGCCUGAUGAAAUCCUCUAUGUCAACAUGGAUGAGGGUGGGAGUCAUGCUGAACCACUUGGAGCUGCCGGAGGAGCUGACCUCCCAACCCAGCCUGAUCCUAAGGAUUCCUGCAGCUGCCUCACUGCGGCUGAGGUCCAUCCUGCGGGACGCUAUGUCCUCUGCCCUUCCACAGCCCCUGGCCCCACCCUGCCUGCUGACAGGGGCUCCCCAGCACCCCCAGGGCAGGAGGAUGGAGCCUGAGACAACCUUCCAACUGAGACUUUCUCUCAGGACCCAAGCUAGGCACUGCCAUUGGGGGACCCCCGCCCCAUUCUCAUUCCUGGCCUUACCUCCACCUGCAGCCCUCCUUUCCUACCAAUUCCACUUCCAUCCCACACAGACCCUGUCCCUUUCCAUACCUUAGUGUCCCCAUGAGGGUUGGACUGCAAUCCUUAAGGGUUCUCCUAUGUCUAACAUUCCAAGAUUCUGGCUUCUAUGGUUUAGAGUCGAGGUUUCAAAGAUGCUAUGAGCCUUUGGUUCUAAGGACCAGAAAUUCCAAAGUCUCUAAUUCUAAAAUGCUAAGGUUCUAGACAUAGAAGUUCUAAGACUUACGUUCUAAAGCUCUGAGAUUCUAUGGCACUAGACUUUUCUGGUUUUAAGAUUCUUGAUAAAAACCUGUAAGUUUUGGGGUUUUAAAGUUCUAAGAUUCUAAGCCAAGGAAAUAAGAUUCUGUGAUGCUAGAUUUUCUUCUCCUUAGGGUAUAAGAUUCUGGAUUCUAAAAUUCUACAAUUCUAAACAUGGAGGUUUUAAGGCCUAGUGUUCUAAAAUUUGAUGUUCUAAGCUUCUUAGAGUAUAAAUUCUCUGGCUGACUCUAGACUCUAGAGCAAAAAAGCUUCAAGAUUUUGUCUUUUCAAGUUUUAAGAUUAUAAUGAUGGUCAAUUCUAGGGCCUAAGGCUUUAUGGUCCUCGAAGCUCUUGUUAUGAGAUUCUGGAUUCUGAAGUUCUAAGAUUCUAGAAUUUGCAAUUCAAAAGUUCUGAUAAUCUACAGAUGGAGAUUCUAAGGUGAUGUUCUGAGAACCUAGAGUUUCUGUGCCUAAGAUUCAAGAUCAUAUGCUUCAAAGUUCUAGAUUAUUAAACUCCAAGAUUCUAAUGUUGUUCAGUUCCAUGUUCUGAGGCACUGUAGGUUCCAUUGGUUCAAGAUUCUGGAUCCUCAGCAUCUAAGGCUCUACAGUUAGCUGUGAGUAACUAGAUGCAAAAGUUCUAAUCAUUUCUAAUGUUGGACACUUUAGGUUCUAUGCUGCAUUUCACCUGUCUAGGAUUUUAGUUAAGGACCCAAGAAUCCACAAUUCUAGAUCUUAAGAUUCUAAGCAUUCUAGUUUUAAGAUUCAAAUGUCGUAAGAUUUUAAAGAUCUGCAGGUCUAGAACUCCCAAGUUUCCAAGGUUCUAACAUAAAAUAGUAUUCUUCUGUGUGACUCUCCCUAAGCCACAUCUGCUUCCUCCUACCCUCAUGUGGGGGUGUGCUCCCUUCCAGCCUGUGCAAUGCAUUAGGGAUGUCUUCUUUCCCCAGGGAACAACCUUUCUCCUUUUGGGCCGUGCUGCCCCCCUGAGCCAGUCCCUCAUACCCCCUGUACAGAGUGUGGACUCUGGCGCCUCUAGAGGGGCUUAGAUCACAUAAAACUUGGUAAACACACUCAU